AUGGACCCUGGUGAACAACCUCGAUGUUUGCAAAUACUAACUCAAGUUGAGGAGAUGUUGAUAGCAAGGAUUAGCCAUUUCCUUCAAGUUACCUAUGCAAGAGGAGGCCAACUAAAAUAUAGUGGCCACACUAUUUGUUUUCCUCAAGAUAUUUCUUCAAUUGCAUCCCACUUGCCCAGACGUAUAGAUGGACUAGACAUGAUAAUAGUAAACAAGGUAAACACUGGCCAACAACAAUACAACUUCUAUGUUAGUAGAGGACGUGUCCAUGAGGCAUUACAAUAUAAGAUCUCAUAUGAACCAUACUACAAAGAUGUAGAAUUAGAUGAAUUAGCAUUAACAUCUUUACCCAUAAACCCCACCAAUAUAUCUGACCUGCUAUAUGCAACAACUUCAUAUCCUGAUCCCAUUGAUCUAAGUUCCAUGCAAGAAGAUGUUACAGAGGAUGAUCCAUUGAUAGAGAACUUGCAAAUGAUAAAUUCAUUUGUGGCAAAUCUUCCACCUGCACAGCGUGAGAUCGAAGAAAUUCGCUCUUUACUACAACUAGAGAAAGGACACCCAACUCAUAUAGUUCAAUGGCCACCCAUUUCCCCAUCUCCUAUAAAUGAAUACACUACUGAAGGAUUGUUUGUAAUGUCAUUCCCUACUUUGUUCCCUAAAGGUAUAGCUGCAUUCAAACAACAACGUCUCAAAGAAGUUAAGCUACAUGAGUAUGCUCUCCAUCUUUUAAGAUACCAUGAUAAUAGGUUUGGUCAACACCCAAGGUUUAGGUACUUCAUAUUGAAUAUACUUAUGCAUCAUAGAAGUCAAGCCACCGCAUCUGUAUUUUUCCACAAACAACUUGAUGAUUCAAUGCCUACAACAAUUUCUGACCUUCAUCACAGAUUAAAGGACUUGCCUGAUGACAAACUUGCAGAUCAACUAAUGCGCUUUAGCUUGUCAAAUCGUGGAACAAAACCAUUCUGGAAUCAACGUAGAGGGGAACUUAUAGACAUGGUCAUCCAAAUUGGUUGUCCAACUCUAUUUUUUACACUCAGUGCGCCUAAUACAAAAUGGCCCGACUUGCAUGAUAUCAUGCCAUCCACCACACCUACAAAUCCAUAUGCAACAGCUAGGUGGAGGUUACAAAAUAUAGUUCAAAAUCCACACCUUACUGCAAUGUACAUGCAUCACAGGUUUACUGCAUUUGGUGAAGAAGUUUUGGAAAAACUUCUUGGCGCAAAUGACUACUGGUAUGAAUGGCAACAUAGAGGCUCUGCACAUAUCCAUGGUUUCCUAUGGCUACCACAAGCACCUGACAUUGGGAAAUUACAAUGCAAUAACAUUCAAUCAGUACAAAAUACACUUGCUUACAUUGAUAAAUAUGUCUCUGCAUGGAACCCAAGAAGUCUUGAAUUGAGAAACCAAGUGUUCCACCGAUCCAUUGUUGACGACCCUUGCUUGAUGGACACAAGCAUGAUAGUGUCAAGUGAUCCUUCCAUUGACUAUUGUGAAUUGGCCAAUCAUGUUCAAAGACAUACAAAGUGUACUAUCCAAACCUGCCUUCGUAGGAAGGGGACAUCUCUUGUGUGUCAUUAUAAAGCCCCUUGGAGCAUUAAAGAAAAGUCAUCACUUUCUAAUGAUGCAAAUGGCCAGCCUACACACACCCCUGCUCGCAAUGAUGACCGCCUAGAUCUUCACAACCCAUUUAUACUCUCAAUAUGGAGAGCCAAUGUAGAUUGCCAACCUGUUCUCUCAAUUCAUGCUUUGAUCAAAUAUAUUGCAAAAUAUGUAGCUAAGGCUAAAAACAAAUCGAAAACAUACCAUGCAAUGUUAUCUCGAAUAUCAACCAACUUUGAGUCCGAUAAACCAGCUCCUAAUGCUUUUUGCAAAAUGCUUCUUGACAACCUUGUGGAUCGUGAUAUAGGUGCCCAAGAAAGUUGCCACCUUCUGCUAAAGCUACCACUCUCCAUUUGUAGCAGAACCUUUUUUUCUUUAAAUGUGAACAAAAAAAAAUUCCAACGCAUACCAAUCACAUCCACAGAUACAACCACAUAUCCAAACUAUAUAACCUCUUACAUGGCACGACCAAUACAAUUAGAGAGAAUGUCUCUUAUUGAAGUAACUCAAAAAUGGUCCUUCAAUGCAUCAAGAAAGCAUGAUCAAUGGAAAGAGCGAGCCACACCAGUAAUAGUUCGAGUAUCCCCAAGAUUCACAACCAUUCCUGCAGAGGAAGAAAAAAGUUAUCAAGCAUUUUGUUGGAGUGAACUAUUACUAUACCACCCAUUCCGCAACAUUGCAAUGGAUUUCGGCUCAACAGAUGAUGAAAUUCAAGGACAGUGGCAAAUGUUCUCACACAACUACAACCCAUGGCAUGUACAUUGCACGCCUCCAGAAGCAGAUGAAAAAUCCAAUACUAGCACUCCUUCAAGCGAUGCAGAACAAAUGCCAAAAAGCAUCCUCAAUGAAUGGCAAGUAUUGUCAGCUUCAUACCUAGGACUUCCUAUUCACCUGGAUGAACUUGAUAUCCUUGGCCAACGUGAUAUUGACUUGAACCAUGACUGGGGGGAACAUCACUCCAGUCCACAAGAAAAACAAAUAGCUACAAAUUUCAUACACUCCAAUCACCUAACAUUUCAACCCCAACAUGUUAUCCAGCAGUAUAGCCAAAAUAACCAAUGUAUACAACAACAAAGGGCAUAUGAUAUAGUUAUUUCACAUCUACAUGGUAAUAGUUUGCAACCACCAUUGAAAAUUAUUGUUCAAGGAACUGCAGACACAGGAAAGUCGCACCUCAUAAAAAGCAUAAAGUCAACACUCACAAGAUCAGCACCAACUGGACAAUCACCAUUAUUGCUCCUCGCAUCAACAGGAGUUGCGGCAUUCAACAUACAAGCAUCAACAAUUCAUUCAACACUUUGA